AUGAGCGACUCGAGCCAACACAUUGAUUUUAAGCUCUAUCGAUACACACCUUCUGUCGUCGCCGCUGCAAUCUUCAUCGCCUUAUUCAUCAUAACGACUGUCUUCCAUCUUUGGCAACUUAUCAAAAGCCGCUCCUGGUACUUCAUUGCAUUUGUCCUAGGAGGGAUAUUCCAGAUAAUCGGAUAUAUAGCACGAGCAUUGUCACAUGCAAACACCGAGAGCGUGCCGAUUUAUUCAAUCCAAACGAUCCUCGUUUUACUGGCACCCCCGCUAUAUGCUGCAUCGAUUUAUAUGGUUCUUGGGAGGCUGGUCCUGCAUCUUCGUGCUGAAAGCUACAGCAUGAUACCAUUAAAAUGGAUGACAGGCAUUUUCGUGACGGGUGAUGUGAUAGCAUUUGUUAUGCAGGCAGCAGGGUUUCUUCCAGGAGGAGGAAUCAUGGCGAGCGGUACGAUAGACGCAAUGAAAACCGGAGAACAUAUCACGAUAGGCGGUCUCUGCGUGCAACUGGUAUUCUUCACCAUUUUUGUGGUCACGUCGGUUGUUUUCCAUGUCCGCCUUCGCUCAAGGCAGACCCAGCAGGCAAUUGAAGCGAGACAAGACCACAGCCUGUGCAUCAUCCGCGGCUGGCAGUCCGUUCUUUGGGGGCUGUACAUUGCCAGCAUUUUGAUUUUGAUCCGAUCGGUUUUUCGUCUCAUCGAGUACGCACAAGGAAACGAUGGCUAUCUUAUUAGCCAUGAAGCUUUCAUGUACGUUUUUGACGCGACAUUGAUGUUCUUUGCAAUGGUGGCGAUGAAUGUUCUGCACCCGUCUGCAAUAUUGUCCUCAGCCUAUAAGGGUGGUCGUGGCUCGAUGGAAGCUUUGAGAUCUUUGUCGCGGACGUAG